GUGUGCCAUGCGCGGCAGAUCGGGAGGUGAGCUUGGUCAUUUCCCUCGGUCUGGCCUCUUUUUAAUCCUGACAACGUUUUUCUGCAGUGGGAAGGGUGAAGGGUUGCAGCCGUGCUGUCGAAGUUCACAUUAAGGGCUAGCGUGGAUGCGCAAAUUCCGGGUGCACUGCUCUCCCCCAGGCUGUCGUAUCGAGAGUAAAGAAAAGGUUAAUCUAAGUGGACGGUAUGGUCGACAACUCCAGUAGCAGCAAGGCGCAAAUGACAAGUUUAUCUCAGGAGGGCAGUCUGAGUGGCGGGUUUUCCCAGGCAGGCCUGGCUAGUGCUGCAGGCGUGAAGCUGGAAGCGGUCAUGGAGCAACUGCAGAAGCAGCAGCAGGCCAAGCUGGAGAUGGAGCGCAAGGAGAGACACCUGAGGGAGGCCCAGAUCCUCUACGCCCAGCAGGUGGCCGCACAACAGGCCAUCCUGGCCAACGCCCGCGCCCAAGGCGGCCCCCUACCACCAGAGUUCUAUGGCAAGAACUCCAGGGACCGGGCACUGAAGGUGGGCACGGGGCACCAGGCCAACAGAGUGGCCACACAGAGCAGUGUGGACUCCAUGCGUGAGGAGGAGGAUGAAGAUGAUGAUGAUGAUGAUGAAGACGACAUGGAGCGGCGCAGAGGCUCUGAGGGUGAGGAAGACGAGGAUGAGGAGAUGGUGGAGGGCGAGGAAGGCAGCGAGGAGGACGAGGGAGAGGGCCUGGAGUUCCUGCGACAGCAGAGUCUGGCGCUGCAGCAGGCGGCGUCCGGCGUGACCCCGUUUCCCUUCCCUGUCUACUCCGCCUCGGCCUCGCCAUCUGCCGCCAAGAAGAGGCCCCGCUCCCCUAGCGCCAAGGUGAAGGACGAACCCGAGGACAAGAGCCUGUCCCCUGCCGGACCGCACUCCUUCUCCACACCCAACGGCAUGGCCGACUGGGGCUUUGACGAGUCCUUCAAACAGAAUGGCAGCGCCGGCUGGAGUGAAGAGGGCGAUGGAGGAAGAGGAGCCAAAGGAGAAGCAUCCAGAGACUUUGCCAAGCUUUAUGAGCUGGACAGUGACCCCAACAGGAAGGAGUUCCUGGACGACCUUUUCACCUUCAUGCAGAAGAGAGGGACCCCAGUGAACCGCAUCCCUAUCAUGGCAAAGCAAGUGCUGGACCUCUACAAGCUCUUCAAGUUGGUCACUGAGAAGGGAGGCCUGGUGGAGGUCAUCAAUAAGAAGAUCUGGAGAGAGAUCACCAAAGGCCUCAACCUACCUACCUCCAUCACCAGUGCUGCCUUUACGCUCCGCACACAGUAUAUGAAGUACCUGUACCCUUACGAGUGUGAGAAGAAGGGUCUGAGUUCUCCAGGUGAGCUCCAGGCGGCCAUCGACAGUAACCGGCGUGAGGGCCGCCGUCCCAGUUACAGCAACAGCCUGUACCGCUUCUCGCCGUCCCCCAGCGGAACCUCCCACAUCCUCACCCCGCCCAAGGUCCACCUGCCCUCCUCCGCCCACAACGGCCUGCAGGAGAGCGGCAGCCCUGCCCUCAAGAAGGGCACAGUGCCGGAGGAGGGUCCUGCGUCCAUGUUGCCGGGGCGACUGCCCCUGGCGUUGGCGCUUGGUCACCAGCAGCAGCUGGCGCGUGCGGCGACCCUGGAGCAGCUGCGUGAGCGUCUAGAGACAGGCAUGGGCAUGGGGGCGGGCGCGCUGGAUGGACAGGACCGCAGCAUGGCACGGCUGGCCGAGGAGCAGCACCGACUCCUGCAGCAAGCUUUCCAGCACAACCUGCUGGCCAUGGCCUCGCAGGUCAACUCUGCCGGGCUGCACCUUGGAGCACCAAAAGCAGAGGACAAGCAAGACAAACAGAAGCAGGACAUGUCUCUCAGCAUCUCCUCCAAUGGAUCCACCAGCAUCACUGUGUCUGUGGAAGUCAACGGAACUGUCUACACAGGGACGCUGUAUGCCCAGAAGGUCUCUGGCGGGGUGCCCACCUGCUCCACAGCGACCCCUGCUGGCCAGAGUGGAAGUCCUAAUGUGUCCUCCUCAUCCAAAGGCCCCAGCUCAGCUGACCCCCCCAGCUGCACCUCCCCAUAACCUCCCCAUACCCCAACCCCCCCCCCCACACACACACACACACACACACACACACACACACACACACACAUAUUUUGCAUCUCCAGUCUCUGGAGGGGUGAGAUGACACCCCCACCCCACCCAACAGGCUCUCAGCAGCACCCUAUGACCCCUACCCAACCAAAUCCAGACGCCUAUGACAAACACACACACACACGUCGCCUCAGGAAGGAGUCUCAAAGUGAAUGUACUGAACUUUUUAAAAAUGGAAAACAAACUGCAACACGAUUACCUCAUAUUUUUAGCCCUCAUACUGUUCAAGGAGAAGAAUGUGUUACUUUACUAAAGUGUGGAUGUCAUAAUACACAUAAGCAGUCACACAUGAAUAUAUACACACACACACACUCACACAUUCACAUACACAAGCAAUGCAAUUAUAGUAGUAGAGUAGAUUGCUCUGCCAAACUACUGUAGUGUGUGUUGAAGUUUAAGUGUGUCACACACCUCAAACAUACCUCACCUGGAGGAGUCCACACACAUACACACACACACACACACAUACACAUACCCACUUUAUAUGGAGGAGUCUACAGAUGCACACACAUCUACCUCAAGGAGUCUGCGCGCAUGCACGCACACCUUACCUCAUGGAUCCUCCAUGCACAUACACACACACACCUUACCUCAUAGAGUCUGCACACACACACCUCACCUCACAUCAUAGUCUGCACACACACACACACACACACCUUACUUCAGCUCAUAGAGUCUGUAUCCACUUCUCAGGUUGUCCUCAGGAACUGCAGACGAACUCUGGGAGAAAUCUCAGCACAUGACUCAGCUCACCUGACCUCACUUCACGCUGUGUUGUGUUGCGUUGGGUUAUGUUGCACUGCGCUUAUCUCAGCUGCCCACCAGAGGGCGCUGUGCUCUGUGAGCGGAGAGGUCCUCACUCUUCUCUCCCACAACCCACUGCAGCUGCAUGUUACGAUCAAUGAACUUUGACCCCGGGAAUGUGGCAUGUGUGUGUGUGUAAGCCGUGAAGUCGUGCGUGGCAUCUCCCUUUUAUCCUUAUGUUUUUGUUUUCUUUUAAUUUUGCUUGAUCUUUCUAGCUUGAUAAAAUCCAGAACUAUAAUUUUGAGUUCGGUAUAAGCAGUUUUGUAUUUUAUUUUACCAGUAUUUAGGCCUUUUUUUCUCAAGGCAAUUGAUUGGUCCAUAUGAUUGUUGAUGGGAUCUGAUUGGUUGUCUCUUUAGUUGACCUGAAGAUAUUUGUGUAGCUAUUACGCUUGAGACAUGCCUGUUCAAGUGAACGCUGCUUUUCAUCAGGUUCUUCAUCUGUCAAUCAUAGAGAAGGCGUGAGACUAUCAUUCACAGGCUGUGGACAUCACUAAAGUUGUACUCUGUGUGAAGACUGAGUGGCCCUUUUAAAUGGAGUCACACUUUCAACAGCAAUAUAAAUAUUAUUAUUAUUAUUAUUUUAAUACCGAACAUAAAGUACCACGUUAUGUUUUCCUUCUUUUUUGUAAAACUGUGUUGUUAAAUUUCAGACCUCAUUUUCCUUUCCAUAUUGGAAAGUUUGUCUCAGGAAGUUCAAAUGGAUAUUUUACAGAUAUAUUGCAAAAAAAAAAACCUUGAAACCUCAUGUGGAAAUGGAACAAACCUCAAACUUGACAAUGCUACCUCAUCAUAAAAACCGUUGGCCUCAAA